AUGAACGAACUGGUCGACUUGCAAAAGGAAGUCUCUGCCCUUGUUGGUAUCCUGUCAUUCAUCACUCGUCGGGCCGCGGACUUGUGCCAGAGCGACGAGGAGGAGGAGGAGGAAGAGCGCACAGCCGAGUCCCCGUUCUCGACCCAGGAACACGGAUGCGAGCUGGAAGAGGCGGACGAGUCUGUCGAUGAGACCGAGUUUGAGGCCUCCAUUCCAUCGGGCGACCAGGAGGACGUGGAGAGCAUCAAGCGCAGCGCACUGGACCGCAUCGCAGAAGUCUUGGCGAGGUUCAAAACGGCACAAGGCAGAGUGGCGGCGGUAGAGCAGCGAAAGCAGGACGCGAAGCAUGUGACGAGCGUAAUGAUGGUGGAAGAUGCGAGCACGGCCACGUUCUUCUGCGCCAAGAAUGAGGGACUGGAUGAAGAUGAUGUCGAAUUUCUGCGCAAUUUGGAGCAAGUAUACCAGCGCAUAGCAGCGAGCGGCAAGCGAAUUCUGUUCCUUUUGUCAUUGAGCACCGCAAGCUACAUGAUGGCCACGUCGCAGCUAACAAGCAGACGCAGAGCUUGGACAAUUAGAAUGCCCCGUGUCAAGCAUUACGCCAAUGUGCUCGCCAACACGCUGGAAGCGGCUGCUCGCGCCCUUGCACCGAAGAAGGCAGCACUCACUAGCCAGAACCUCGAACAUAGUUGCAAAAGAUGCACAACGAGGAUCUGGAAAGAUGACCAUGAUUUCGACUAUGAGAUUCGAAUAGCAAGCACAGGCGACGAUUCCGAUUCGGACAUUGCCGUGGACUGCUUGACUGAUCGCGAGGGCGAGGAGCUCGUCCAAAGCGUGUUUCGGAGCAUUAUGCACCACUUUGGGACUGCUCAUACCGUUCAGCAGGCUGCGAUUAAGGGUCUCCUCCAAGGCCUACAUAGCAUCGUGCGCCAUCCCCGGCGACGACCCGCGUUAAAGGGCCUUCUCCGUCGAGCGCUUCACGACGAGCGCCGAUUCAAGAAGGCGUGGUCUGCGCUGCUUUACCUGACACGCAUUUAUCAUGCGGCUGUCGCAUUUGAACAGUUGGCCUCCAAGACAGGCCUCACGUCUAUAAGAUUUCAACAGAUUUUCCCCUCGCCCGUAGCGUACAAGCCAGGGCGUAUGUUCAGGCAAACGCCCGUUGAAGUGCUUACAUCGCUCGGCAUCAAUUCUUUCCCUAACUGGGGCGAUUUCUUUUCGCGCCGAGACAAGGUAAAGGGAUUCCUCAAAACGACCCGCGUGCAAAAACCAAUACACGCAGAGAUGCAACUCGUUAGCCACUUCCUGCAGUGGGCUCAGACUGGUAGCGGACCCAACGGCAGAGUGUUUCCAUACAUCGGCUGCUCAAAAAAGCUGUGCUUCUUUUGCGCGACCAUGUGCAGCCUCUCCCCCCUCGCUGACGAGCCGCUACACUCUCGCGGCACCCAUCUGGCGCUGUUUUCGUUGUGGGCACUGCCGCCGUCGCUUCCGUCUUCAGCAGCCGAGCUGGUCCAGCGAUUCACGCAACUUCUGCGGGCGCUUCUGCAGCGCCUCUUGUCUGCGUCGACGCCGCCCGCCCCGUCCAACAUGUUACAGCAGUCGUCCGCCGCCCUGUCGACGGCCAAGGCGGUGCGUAGGGAGCGGCCAGAGUACACUACCAGGCCUCAGGUGGCAAGCCGGAUGAUGCUUGGGUUUGGCGGAGUGACGGCCACGGACCAGCAGAUGGAGUUUCUCCCGUCGCAUGAGAACCCGGGCUACGCGACUGUGCUCGGCGGCAAUAGUAAGUAUGGACCCAAGAUGGAUAUUCCGAUAUACGAGGCCGAGGUGGCCAAAAUCAAUCAUGGGAGAAGAAAAGACGGGCUGGAAGCUAUGAACGAGAUGCCUCCUGUUCACGUCACGGAUCGACAGCCAUGUCGGCGCUGUGGCGACGCUGCGAGUUAUCGAUGCCGCUCGUGCUGGACAUACUAUUGCUCGUCUGCGUGCAAGAAACGCCACGCGGCUACUCACGUCUUCAGCUGCCGGCUGCCCGACCGACCCAACGACGUAGAUUUUCUGCGGCUGACCAUACGCAGAGUCAGCAAGGAGAUUCAAUCCGAGGAUAAAGAACGGAUGUACAAUGCGUUUGUUUAUCUCUUUGCCGAUGACGACCUCUGCCGUGCCUUUGGCUUUAACAAUUGCGCAGACAUAGUCGAGGUGCUCAACCUCAUCUGCUUGUACGCGACCCUGUUGAGUAGACUUCGGCCGGCCGUGCGAGGGUUGCAGGAGGAGCUCGAGGCCGGAAACCUCUGCCAUUUCAUGACCAGAUUCUGCGAGUUGGAGCGAGAGGUUGCGAGGCUCUCGAAAACAAAAGAAUGCAGCUGCGUGGCGUGGUUCUUGGAUCGCUGCUCACCGAAGACGUUUCCCAUCCCGAACAGAGGCAAGGACGAGUAUGAGAUCUGGAUCGUCGCCAUCAUCAGUGCCUUUGAAUCUCUCAAUGUGACGGAAAGAAUGCAGAACAGGCCUACGUUGAGCAGCUCACAAAGAGACGUGCUGGACCUGUACGUGACUAUUCAGCCCAGUCUCUGGCGCCUCCCGGACGUGACGUCGUCGCUUUGGAUCAAGUUUGGUUUCUGCCACUGCAGGUCGUUCUCGCACCGUGAACAGCUUGCGAGGGCGUACCUGGCGCUGGCAGCCUCGGCUGCCACCUUUGACGAUGUCGUUUCCGCCUAUGAGACACGGAGCCUGGCAGGCUUGAUGCGCGCUCACGGAAUUGACCUUUUGGCGUUGGAGAGCCAAGGAAUACUCCCGUGUCGACCAGAUGUCUCCGAGUACAAGGUAUUUCGACUCAUGGUGAGUGUCGAGCACGCGCUCUCGGGACGCUUCUGUGACUGCUUUCGAUUGCACGAAAAUCGUGAUUGCCACUGCCCUUUUGAGACGCACUUUGACCUCGAGUGCGAUAGCAAUUUUGGUUUCCACCUGACAAGCAGUUGGGAAAAAUGGCAACUGUUGAACUUUUACAAGUACAUAUUUCGACGACAUGAUUACAACCCGCGGCGCAUGGCGGAGGCUGUAAAUGAUUCUGACCUGGGCCGUCUCGAGGCGUAUCUGGAGACUCUAGAUCCUGACAUGAGGAAGAGACUGCACCUGGGGCAUCGAGGUAAUUUCUUGUUUCCGAGAUUGAAAGACCGGAUGAAAAUGAGAACUGGGGACGGGGUCGUUGUUCAUGGCCAUUUGCCGUGCGAUUGCAAGCUGCACGAUGUUUUUGGGCCACCAGGAAUAUCGGUCUGGAGUCUCGAGAACAUGCUUGCCGCAUUGGGCUUUGUCGAGAAAGACGCUGAGAUGGAGACUUGA